GGCACCGUUAGUGUCGUCGAGAAUGGUACAAGGCAAUGAAAAGAUUGGCGCUGGUAAAUGUUGACGUGAUGGCUACAUAACAAAUGCAUCUGCUUCCGGCGGCCAUCUCCUAACGCAUUCAACGAUACCUAUACCACUUUCUUCCCUACCACCAACGACCUUGGGAUUGACACAAUUGGAGGCAAAUACAUCGCAGCACCACCGGCGCUCUCUGGCGGCCACCAACAGCUUGCAUGAGUCCACGAUGAGCAGCCAAGGAAACCACUGCUCCUUCCUCAAGUACCAGUUCCCUCAACCUCUCGGUGUCGAUGAAUCGGUUCUCGCCAUGUCGAUGCUCCCAGACGGGGCUGAAAUGCAGGUCGACGACUGGACGGUGUUCUUCCUGAACCAAACACCGUUCAAUACUAUCUCGCCUGUGGUCGGCCUGGACUCGCCAGACGUGAAGACAGUGGGGUUGCCGGGAGAGGAGCAGGCGUCGCGAGGGGACCAGCCGGAUUUGCUCUGCGUGCUGAACUUGGUGAGGACCAAGCAUGAUAAAUCACUGAAUCGAGGAGCAAAGGUGCUGGCUUUGGCGAUAUGUACACGGCAUCCAUUUAUCCAAAUAUUCAAGCCUGUUCUGCUAAUGGCUCUUGACGACUACCUCGUUGAUCCCUCACAAGACUGCCUAGCACGUCUCUUUGAUGCUGUCAACUCAAUGGACUUUUCCGGGGCACCAAUCCUGAAUAGACACGAGAAGAUGGUCAUGAGAUUUUCAGAGCGAAAGGAUAUCUUUGCUGAAAAGUUCGCUAAUAUCAAGAAUGCUUCGUCCAUGUCCCUCAGUGCAAGUGGCAGCAAGAACCAUGCGCAUAGAACGACGCCUUCUGCUGGCUCUUACUCUAGCUUUGAAGAGGGUAUCUUGAUGCGGACAAAGGAGAAGGAGCGAGCUGUUGACGAGAGCAGAGUGCGGGAAUGGGAUCAUACAGUGAGGCCUAGGGACAGAGCGGAUACAGAGAGCACAACCGCGUCUUCUUCACAGAAGCGCCAAUCACGUACACCGCCUUCCGAUUCAUCGUUCACACUAGGUGGUAGUGCUGUGUGGGUAGGGGAAGAAAGCGGCUUGGAGAAUGCUUCUACCGAAGGGGAAGAUGGGACCGUCGCGUCGCUGGCUAACAGUAGCACGCUCGUAGGUUCUAGUCGAAAGAGACGCUCAACGGGUGCAUCUUCGGCCUCGUCUCUCAUUGGAUCUACCCUUAGGCCGCCGCCGUUACAUCCAGCCCAUCCAUCUUACGACCCACACCUACGGACUAAAGAUACCCAUUUCUUUCAUACCACUGUGGCAUAUCGAGAUCACCAGCUGCCUAUCAGAAUGCCGCUAUCGACCUUUCCCGAAGAGGUUGGUGAUUACUCCCUGAUCACACUUAUUAAAGUUUUCGGCGCCACUGUGAAUGGUCCGUUACAUCCCCAUCUCCAUACAAACGGUCCUCAAACUCAUCCGAUAAUCGUUCUCUUCAACGCUUUGAUCACUGGUAAGCGGAUAAUAUUUUUGGGUCAUAAACGACCCGCGGGCGAAGUGUCAAGUUUCGUACUGUCCGCAUGUGCAUUGGCGUCUGGAUGUGGUGCUAUUCUCCGAGGUUUCAUAGAAAGAGCUUUUCCAUACGCGAAUCUCAAUAAUAGAGAAGAAUGGGAGUCCGUACCUGCGUACAUCGCCGGCGUCACAAACCCGAUCUUCGAAGCACUAGGUGCCUGGGAUCUUCUCCUGGAUAUUGGCACGGGUACGGUCACUGUGGCGAAGGAUAUCCAUACCAACUACCCAGUAACCAGUGGUCCUGGAUUCAUUGCGCCUUUAAUAACCCGAAGCGGAACAUUGAAAGCUGAAUCAUCCUUGGGGAGUGAGGAAGACUACCCGAAAGUCCCUACCAAAGACAAGGCCGACUUUGUACCCAAAGCAGACAAUAACACGGAUACAGUGUUCAUCGAAGACAUCAAAUCUGCAAUUGAGUAUCAUUACGGGGAGAGUCUGGUUCGCGCACGAUUCACGGAAUAUGUCGGCCGCUUUGUGCGCUUGGCAUCACGCUACGAAGAGGAGGUUACUAGCGUUACAAGUAUCGGGUACCCUAGCUCGCCUUUUAUGGACGGGACCUCGUCUCGACCUCAGCUAGGAAGUGGUAUCGUAUUCAAUGACGAGGCCUUGGGUCACAAGGAGCUAGCUGCGAACUACCAUCGCGUAGAGGCGUGGAAAAAGACCAACAGCUAUAAAUACUAUGCAUUGGAUUUCAAAAAGUCACUGACAACAAACCCCAUCAAAGGCUUUGACGUUGUACAUCAAAUCUUCCGGCUGAGGCAUGCCAGAAGGAUCCCAGACGCGGAAGUGUCUAUGGUCAUGCGUACGCUUAUUGAUAAUGUCAAGACCUACGAUCAGGUAGUAGAGUUUCUGUCUUAUCUAAUGCCCCAUAGUGGCGGUCUCCUCCCCUUCGCCUUUGGGCUUUUUCACCAAAAGGAGUCAAUAAGGGAUCAGACGGUAGAUUUGUUCAAUCAGCUCCGUGCAUAUCCGGUGGGCGUGUUGUUCUUACAAACACUUAACCACUUUCAACGAUACGCGUAUGUGAGGCAAGCACACAUGCGAGAAAAGCGGGUAGCUGAGCAGCAGCACGACGCUAAAACGUCGUCGCUGCUCCCCCCUGCUCUACCGUCACGCACACACUCCAACGCUAGCGUCUCCUCGAUGCAUGUGGAUGGUGCAUUCUGAUCUAUAUCAUUGUAGUUUAUGCGUGAGUGAGAUGACGUUGCUUCCGAACAGAUUAGGCUGAUGUGUUCUCGCUGGUUACCAGUUAUUCUAUAGUCGUUCUGGAAUCCACCUACAUGUUAGCUAUGUACUUUAUUCUCCCACUUGUCUGUGUUAUAUCCGCACGUCGAUCCUUAGAACGGGUGCUGGAGCAAUCGCGUUGGAAAUUUUGGACCUGAAACAUAUUAAUAUUAUUAUUCGUUGAAAUUCGACC